CUGCGAAGCCCUUCGAUGCGUCGUCCUUUUUUGUUCUUUCGAUUUGUAUUCGUUAUUGUUCACGGCUCCCUGGGGUCCAGAUGCACUUAGAUACCCACGGAGAAACUCAACUACCGCAUUCGCUGAGCCGUUCCGCACACUGAUGCUAUCGUCCCUCACUCGCCGAAGCCUUUACCGCCCUUUCCACUCCUUUCGUGCGCGCUUCUUAACCACGUACCCUAAACCCGUUUCACCUUACGUGAAGGUAUGGGAUCCCACCGCACACGUACCCCUCAAGCCUGUGGAGUCGUCCGCCGAGUGGAGGGUCGCGACGAAGGAUGCGACGGAGGAUGAUGAGCGAAAAAUCGAGCGAAAACAGUGGCGCGAUACCCAAGGAGUGACCAUUGCCUCCAAGACACGUCGGCUGGGACAACGCCAUGCAAUCAAGCGUCUGAAUUACUAUCUUUCGCUUGCCGCCGAUACGGUGGUGUGCAAGGAGAGUAUCCGCACUCAAUUAUGGAGAGCCUACGCGUUGGCCAAGAGGCAAAUCUCAGGCUUGCCAUCUAUACUACCGGAUAGGGCCUGGGACAUCAUAUGGGCUACCCAAUGGGCGCACACCCCGCAAAAUCGUUCCCGACGAUCGCACCUAGAAGAAUUGUACCGCGACAUGAAUUCGGUGGGCAGGGCGACAACUGUAGGGCAAAGGACUGCGUAUCUUGAGAGCAUCUUCCUUAAUGGGAAGGAAGAGCAGGCAUUGAAAGAAUGGGAAGAAGACCAUAGCGGCCUGAGCACUGGCUCGCGACAGGACUACAAGCCCGAGCACCUGGAGAUGGGAGCGAAGCUACACGCCCUAGCCGGGAACGCGGACCGAGCGCGAGCGAUCAUGCACGAGCUCUUCGACCUAUAUUCGGACUGGGACUCAUCCAUCAUGAUGAGUGUAUUUCGCGCUCAUACUAGCGCAGGUACCGAUCAACUAUCCGACGUAGCCAAGGAAAUAUACGCAAAGAUGCGGGAACGGAUGGGUAGCAAGAUGGAACUGCAGGAUUACGAUUCUUGCCUGGUGGGAUUCUUGGAAGCUCGCCAUGUCCGCUAUGCGAAACAAGUCUUUCGAGACAUGAUCAAGGACGGCUAUCUGGCCUCAGCCUUUUCCGCUCGGCAAGUCGAGGAAGUCUUGGAGAGGCUGCAUCUCCUCUACCGCCUCGGCACCGAUAUUGAAAAGAUGACCAGUAUUGCGCUUCAGGCGAUUUCGGUCCUCCCGCAGCCAUACCAUUCGCACGUGUUUAAAGAUUGGAUGAAAUCGGCUGUUGUCAAGAAGGCACCCGCAGCUUCGGCCCAGAUCUUGGAUAUGAUGUAUAAUAGAGGUUGCAAGCCGGAGACAGUCCACUUCAAUCUCCUCCUGAAGGCUCUACUCCGGACGAAGGACGAGCCACACAUCCUGAAAGCCGAGAACAUCGGCUGGACGAUGAUCGAGGAAUCUAGAAGAUCGUCCUCAAAGAAGCUUGACGAUGAGGCAGCGGCCGACAUCAUCUCGAAGAAGGCCAUUCAGACUGCGGAGACGGCUCUCGAUUCUGAUAUUGCCAGGAAGAUACCACAGGCUAACGUCACGACAUUCGCUCUCAUGAUGCGGCAUCACGCCAGCAAUUUUCAAUGGGAGCAUGUUGACUACCUAGCGAGACGCUUGAAGGAGACGGGUAUCCAACCCAACGCUGCGGUUAUGAACGUCUUAAUGGACAAUCAUUGCCGGCAAGGGAAGUACAGCGAAGCGUGGCGGACCUACAAAUCCUUAACCGAUAUUCCAGAAGGUGCUCCAGGAGUGUAUCCGGAUGGAGCUACCAUGAGAUGCUUGUGGAAGACUCUGCGCCUUGCACUUGGUGACCACGCCACUCGAGACGAUCCCGGCCUUCCUACACCGCGCCAAUUACUGGCCGAGAUGAUACAUUGGUGGACGCGUUGUCGGAGCAGAUACGACGUCGAGCGCUUUCGCAUGGGCCUAGCCGCUGCAGACCACGGCGCAAUAACCAAUCUUAUGAUGCAUUGCUUCAGCUAUAUCCAAGAUCUCCCGGGUUCGCUUGUUGCUCUUCACGUCUUGAGGAAGAGAUUCGACAUCUUCCCAUCCGACAAGGCGGCUGAGGUGUUGCAGAAGCAGACAGCCUGGGUUGACAUGCACCGAGAGAUGCAGUCCGUCCGGUCGCAGUAUUAUCACAGCGGAGUCAACCAGAAGAACGUGGAGAAGAUGGGCCGAGUCUUCAAUCUGCUCAUGGAGAGGAGGUUUGAGCGGAUGAACCUCAUCGGAGACCAGUUUGCAUACAUGAGUGAAGAGGAGGUCGGAGAUUUAGGGUUGAAUCUCUUAUCGGAGUUCGUCCGAGUCAUUCUGAAGCGACAGUAUCCUCCCGAGGCGGUUGAGGCGCUGAUUGAUGAGGCGAAGAAAGAAAUUGAGGUCUCAGAUAUGCCAACGGGAGACAUGGAUGCUUUCAGUGUUGCUUAGCCUGCAUCUGUAGCGACAUGAGCAUGCAAUUGCAUGACGGAGCGGUAUCCGUCCCAAACUGCUGUAGAAUGUUAAUCUCCAGCUUUGCCUGGUCCUUAGCCUCAUCUCCACGAGAUGUUUCUUCAGCGCUGCAACGGCGUCUUGAACGUUCCUUGCAUAAUCUUCAAUGAUUAGAGCUUGGAUUGUAAGGCGGUGGACAUCUUGGAUAUGGACAGCGCUGAGGGGAAGAGUGAUCGACAUGAGAGGACAACGGAUACCGGAGCUCGAAAAGAAGAAGGGAUCCAAACAUUCAAGUUUCAUCAUAAUCAUUAUAAAGACAUUCAACC